AUGAGACAGAAAAGACCACGACCGACCGCGAGAGAGAGAAAAGACCACGACCGACCACGGAGACAGAGAAAAGACCAGCCCGACCCGAGAGAGAGAAAAAGACCAACCGACCCGGAGAGAGAAAAAGACCACGACCGACCCGAGAACACGAAAGGACCAAGACCGACCCGAGACACAGAAAAAGACCACGGCCGCCCCGAGAGACAGGGAAAGACCACGACCGACCCGAGAGACAAAAAAAGACCAGGGACCGACCCGAGACACAGAAAGGACCACGCCCGACCGAGAGACAGAAAAGACCACGCCCGAACCGAGGAGAGAGAGAGACCACGACCGACCGAGACAAGAAAAGACCACACCGACCAGAGACAGAAAAAGAACGACCGACCACGAGAGAGAAAAAGACCAAGGACCGAGAAAGAAGACCACCGAGAACAAAAAGCCCACGACCACCUAUCAAAAAGACCACACCACCCAAAAAAAAACCAACCAAACCUAUAA